CCGCCUGCCCCAGAGUCCCGACUGCACCGGACUCCGGAACCCCACUCCCCCGACUAGACGCGGAGGCCAGGCUACCGGUCCAUGCGGCCCCCCCGCACGCCCAGCCUCGGCACCGGACCCCAGACCCGCACCUGAGCGCGCGCCCAGAGCGCGGGCGGCAGCCAGGGGCUGGGGCAGGAUGGGGAAAUUUCAAUCCAAGCACGCCGCCGCAGCCUUCAAGCGGAGAGAGAGCCCUGAAGGGGACAGCUUCGUGGUGUCUGCGUACGCGAGUGGCCGCAAAGGCACUGUGGAGGCGGAGCGGCGCGGCGGCGUGGAGCACCGCGCACGGGAGAAGCAGGAACUUCUCAGUGGGGACCCCAAGGAGGGACCUUUCCGGGAGGACCAGUGUCCUCUAGAGGUGGCCCUCCCCCUUGAGAAGGCUGAGGGUCGAGAGGGUACCGGACAGCUCUUCACUGCAGAAGAUGUUGAAAGAGCAGCAAGCCGCGAGGGCCCACGAGGCCAGAGCAAGAAGCGCCUGAACAUUGACGCGCUCCAAUGCGACGUCUCGGUGGAGGAGGACAACCGCCAGGAGUGGACCUUCACGCUCUACGGCUUUGACAACAGUGGGAAGGCCACCAGGGAGGACAUGUCCAGUCUGAUGCACACCAUCUACGAGGUCGUCGAUGCCUCAGUCAACCAUUCCUCUGGCAGCAGUAAGACCCUCCGUGUGAAGCUGACCGUCAGCCCUGAGCCCUCCAGCAAAAGGAGGGAGGGUCUCUCUACCAGCCAGGACCGGGAACCCACUCGCUGCAGGACAGAGGGUGAGAUCUCCGAGGACCCCAGGGUGGCCGACAGGAGGCUCUCUGCUCACAUCAGGAGGCCCUAUGCGGACCCCCACCCCUGCCCCGUGAGGGGGCUGUACUGCGUGGAUGAGAACACUGAGCGGAGAAACCACUACCUGGACCUGGCUGGAAUAGAGAACUACACGUCUAAAUUCGGACCUGGGUCCCCGCCGGCACAGGCCAAGCAGGAGCACCAGGGCAAGGCCUCGCACCCCCCGAGCAGGUCUCGUUCCCAGGAGUCAGAUGCACACACUGUGCACAACCGCAGGUCCCAGGUGCUGGCUGACCAAGUGCUGCUGGCCGGAGAGCCCACUGCCCGGGCCCUGGACCUGCAGCCCCGGCUGAAGGGGCAGGACAAGCAGUUCCUCAAGUCCCCCAAGGGCUCGGGCAGGCCUCCUGGGGUGCCCACUGGGGGCAUGCCCAUUGGGGGCAUGCCUGGUGGGGGCAAGCCCGGGAGGGCCUUCAGCUACCACCCUCCAGCUGCCUUGCCCCAGCCCCCCCAGGAUGGCCACCACCUCCCACAGCCCCCACCGCAGCCCCCACCACAACCCUACGGCCACAAGCGGUAUCGGCAGAAGGGUAGGGAGGGCCACUCACCACUCAAGGCGGUGCUGGGCCAGCCUGCGGUAAUGGAGCAUGAGGUGGUGCGGGACCUGCCGCCCAUGCUGGUGGGGGAGGGCUACUCAGUGCCCGUGGUCCAGCGCCACGAGCACCACCACCACCACGAACACCACCACCACCACCACUACCACCACCAUCACCCGUCCUAG